AUGAGAGCUCCACUUUGUGUCACCUCCGUAUUCUUCUUCCUCUUCUGCUUUUUAUAUGAGCUCUCUUCUUCUAAGUCAGUACUUUACUCUCGAGAAAGUCUUACAGUCUCAAGCAACCAAACCCUUGUGUCUCCUGGAAAUGUCUUCGAGUUAGGUCUCUUCAAACCCAAUGAGUCCAUUUCUCGUUGGUAUCUUGGGAUAUGGUACAAGGAAGACCCAAAGAGAACUAGUUUAUGGGUAGCCAACAGAGUUAAACCUCUCACCAAACCUGUCGGAACCCUCAAAUUCUUCAACAACACCCUCUUCCUGUUCGAACAAGAUAACAUCCCAGCUGUGUGGAAGACCAAUCUGACCGGAGGAGGUGUGAGGUCUAGGAUGGUGGCUGAACUUUUCGAUAAUGGCAACUUCGUGGUGAAGGACUCCAGCGACCCGGAAGGUUAUUUAUGGCAGAGCUUCGAUUCUCCAACGGAUACUUUACUACCGGAGAUGAAAUUCAAAAUCUUUGAUUUCUUUGAUAGUGAAGAUGAUCCGCGACAAACCCUCCAUUCCUGGUCUAGUCCAGGAGACCCCUCACCCACGGAUAUGUAUUCAUCCUUCCAAAUUCGGAAAGAUUUAAACAUAAUUGCAAUUUUUGUUGGGGGAAACCAAAUGGAUACAUGGAACGGGUACCAAUUUGGGGACAUGCCCCCAGUGUUCGAGCUAAAGGAAGGUUGGUUAGUAAUGAAGACCCUCGAAAGCAGCAGCAGCUACUCGAGGUUGACAAUACGGACAAUACGGCAGGGCGUACUUUAUGAGUUAUACUCAUGGAAUUCCGAAGCCAAGGAAUGGAAAAUGUCAUGGUCCAUAGGGGAAGACUCUUGCUAUUUGAAAGGCUUAGAAAAACCAUGUGGGUCUUACAGUUACUGUUCCAAAAACGAUACGUCGCAGCAGCAGUGUCACUGCAUUAGAGGGUUCUAUCCGAAGUUGGAACGUCUUACGUGGUCUCACGAUUGUGUGAGGAGUACUGCUAUACACUGCGGAGGUGGUGAAUUUGUGAAGCUAGCAAAAAUGAAGUUGCCGGGAACCGCGCCUAUGGUUACCUCAGAUUCGCGUCUAAAUCUGGAGAAAUGCAAGGAGUCAUGCCUUGUGGGUUGUAACUGUACCGCUUAUGCGCUUGUGGAAAACCGGAAAGGAGAGCGCAGUUGUUUGAAUUGGAAAGGAGAGCUCCACGAUAUGCGAAACUACACCACCGGCGGUCAAGACCUAUAUGUCAGAGUGGCGGGCCUGGCGGCUAAUGAUCACGGUUAG